AUGGAAGGAAUCGUGAAAAACUUGACCGUCAUUCGAACGGCACACUCGUCGGUUCGUAUAAUCCCUGCAAAUUUAACGGGUAUCCUAAAACCAUUCUCGACCGACUAUUUCUUAUAUUGGGGCUCGAUAACCACGCCUAUAAAUAUACACAAUAUUCUUUGGAUAAUUUGCAGAGAGCCGAUCGGAUUAACAACUAGACAAUCGCGCAUUUGUUUCUGCGACAAGAUUGCAGAGUUUCGCACUUUGAACGAUGAGAAAGGCGUGCCUAUUCUGUCGAACAUACGCCCUGUAAAACCGAGGCAAGAGAAGAGCGUUUUUCACGUGUCUCCGUCAGGAUCUCUCUACGCAUCUCUUUUACCUCUUCCACGAGUUGUGCCGUUAACUUUUGCCACUCUUAACGCCAAAGUUACCGAAUCUGUAUCCGAGACCGUGACCGAGACCGUGACCGAGACUAGCAUCGUCAGUGUGGACAAAAAUAAUAUUCUCUAACG